GAAAAAGAAAAAGUCGACCAGGUGUUGCUCUCUUAAUCGUACCUGCUCCUUCAACGUUGCCAUAUCGGGACUAGAUUCAGUGAGUCACUCCGUCGUCAGAAAUGGGUUGGCUGACUCGGUUUCUCGGCGCCGUCACUUUCUUGGCCGUCGGAGUUAUUUUCUCGCCGGAGACAUUCGGAUCCAAAUCAGACGGUAGCCAUUCGUCAAAGCUAACCGCUGCCCUCAAACUCGCUCACCUGCUCUGCUUCGCCACCGCUUGGGGCGCCGCUCUCUGGGUCACCUUCAUCGGCGGCAUCAUAAUGUUCAAGAAUCUUCCGAGGCAUACGUUCGGUAAUUUGCAAAGCAAGAUGUUUCCUGCUUAUUUCUCGAUGGUUGGUGUGUGUUGUGCGGUUUCAACGGCGUCGUUUGGUUAUCUACAUCCAUGGAAGUCUUCUUCUACCGCCGAGAAGUACCAGCUAGGAUUUCUUCUCUCCGCCUUUGCUUUCAAUCUCACAAAUUUGCUCGUCUUUACACCAAUGACAAUUGAGAUGAUGAAGCAAAGGCACAAGGUGGAGAGAGAGCAAAACAUUGGUGAGGAAAUUGGGCGGUCAAAGAACAAGGAGGUUGCCAAGGUGAAUCCAAAGCUUGCAGCCAUGAACAAAAAAUUCGGUAUGAUUCAUGGACUAUCAUCCCUUGCCAAUAUCAUGUCCUUUGGCAGCCUUGCAAUGCAUUCAUGGUACCUAGCUGGUAAACUGGACCUGUAAUUUGAUCUCCAUUCCCCUGUAUUGGGGAAGGACAUGUCUGGCAUAGAUUUAUGUUGAGGACUUAUCCCCUUCCUUUCUUGGAUGAACAGUGCUGACUACUUUGUGGCCAAGUUAUGUAAUACUUGUGAUGGAUUGAGAAAAAAUACUUCUUUGUGGACACAUUUGGAACAAAAUUUCAUAAAGUUACAUGGGAUGCCUUACAGAUAUUUUUGUUUAUGGGAACGAAAUCAUUCUGUUC